UUCGUUGAUGAGAGGUGCAAGUAUUCAGAUGUUGUCUUUUUGUCCCCCUGUCGCCCACCAGCCUCGGUUUUCUCAGCCGGAGCGCAGAGCUGCGGAAGGAGGGAGGGGUUUGAGCCGCGCCGGGAAACUAGAGGCUCGAUGCAGCCUCCGCCGAGUGAAGUCAGGCUGUCUCCAGACCGCAAUGGCUAUGGGUCUAACGUCGAAAAAAUCCUCUUCUAGAAACAGCGGCGUGGAACGCAAGAAUCUCAUCACCGUCUGCAGGGCUCUGUGGGACUGCACCAGAGCUGCACUUUACCGGUCGGUUGGUACAGAGCAGUUUUCUGUGAAGACGUUGUUGGAAAAGUACACUGCUGAGCCUAUUGAUGACUCAUCAGAGGAGUUCAUCAACUUUGCGGCAAUUUUGGAACACAUCCUCAGUCAUCGUUUCAAAGGUCCAGGUGGUUGGUUCAGUUCUGAUGGCCAGAGGAGUUUCUGGGACUAUAUCCGUCUGGCCUGCAAUAAAGUCCACAACAACUGCAUCAGUAGCAUUGAGUGCAUUGAGAACAUUAGCACGUCACGAGCAAAGGGACGAGCCUGGAUUCGCGUAGCUUUGAUGGAGAAGCGUUUGUCUGAAUAUGUAGCCACUGCUUUAAGAGACACUCGGACUACAAGGAGAUUUUAUGAUGAUGGUGCCAUAAUGCUAAGGGAGGAGGCUACCGUUCUGACAGGGAUGCUAAUUGGACUAAGUGCAAUAGACUUCAGUUUCUGUCUAAAAGGAGAAAUUUUGGAUGGAAAGACACCUGCAGUGAUCGACUACACACCUUACCUGAAGUUCACCCAGAGCUAUGACUACCUGAGUGAUGAAGAAGACCGCCGCAGUGUGGACAGCAGUGCCAGUGAUGAGAGUGUAGCCGAGCAUCCUUACAUUCCUUUGGUCACAGACGAAGAGACCUGGAGCAACAAAUGCCGAAAGAUGGAGCAAAGAUUCAAGAUUGUCUAUGCCCAAAAGGGUUAUUUAGAGGAACUGGUCCGCUUGAGGGAAUCCCAGCUGAAGAAUGUAGAAACUGAGAACAAGAGGCUAGAUGCUAAACUAGAGGAACUACAGGUCCAGAGUCGACAAGAGAAGAAAGAACUGGAGGCCAUUAUACUGGAGCUACAAGCACAACUCACUGGCAUAAUUCCUCGUGAGUCCUCUCAUUUGGUAAAAGGACUGUCUAUUCCAUUCAUUAACAAAUGCACAACUGCACAACCCGCCAACAACAAAGGAAAUGUAAAGCUGUUCCGUCGGAGAAGUUUUCACAGUUUGGACCUCUCAGUCGAUGUGAGUUUGAACUCUGACUCUCAGAAGGAAGAUGACAAUCCGAAUGGAGACACAGCCUGGUCAGCAGCUAAAGAUAACACUCCCUCUAUGCUCGGUCUAUGUGGUUCUUUGGCUUCUCUACCUAGCUGUAAGUCACUGGCAAGUCUCAAAUCCAGUGAGUAUUUGGUCAACAUCAGCACAGAGCCAAGUCCUGCCCUGUCUCCUAGCUAGGGGGCGCCAAAUUCUCAGUCUCAGCUGUACUUUCCUCCAAGAGACACCACGGCUGUCCUACCAAUAUGCUUCAAAGAUCCCAGUAAGCUGAAACAACGUAAUAUGUAUACUUGGUGUUCUAUCUGAAUUUGGUUUUUGUGACGUGUAAGAUCUUAAAAAUCCAUGAACGACAACCCCUCCAGCACUCUCUUAUUUUCCUAUCUUUACCUGACAACUUAUUCACUCUUGUCUUCCACCCUUCAGUCUUCUUCAGCAUGUUUGUGUCUGUAACAUUCCCUGAGCCUGAUAUUAGAGCCCAAAGGCACAGCAGCUUAUCUCUGUUAGUUCUGAACUCAUUAGUCCUUGAACACAAAACUCAAGACUUGGCAGUUAUUUAUUAUUCAUAAAUUCAGCUGAAUGAAUAUGAACAUACAGAGUGGCACAUCUGUUCAUGCUACCCACAGUUGAAUCUCAAAUUUAGACAUAUUGCAUUUCCUAUACUUAUUAAUAAAUAAUAUGAUGGAAUAAAAGAGAGACCAAGGAAAGACCUGUUGCCUGUAUCUGCAUGUCAAAUGCGCUUUAUUGAGGCUGUAAAUGCCUCAGCUGACUCUAUGUACUUGCUCCUUUGACAGUUAUAUUAUGUGACUGGAAGUAACUGCAAGUGUUGUCAGCUAAAUUAAAAUCUCUUGUCAUAUUUAUCUUAUUGAUGUUGCUUCAUUUCUUGUAUUUCUUCAGUUUCUGUAUGUAUACAUGACUGUCUAUUUUGUUAUGCGGUGGCAGUGCUCUGCGGUUUUGAAUGUUAAUAAACGAUUCUUUUAUCUCAA